AUGAAGCUCCUUCUGCUGACUUUGGCUGCGCUGCUGCUCUUGUCCCAGCUAACACCAGGCAGCACCCAAAAAUGCUGGAAUCUUCAAGGUAAAUGCCGUAACAAGUGCGGCAAGAAGGAAAGGAUCUAUGUUUACUGCACAAAUAAUAAAAUGUGCUGUGUGAAGCCCAAGAACCAUCCAAAAGAUCUUCCGUGGAUGAAACCGAAUAUGAGGAUACCCGGAGUCUGA